AUGCUGGUGAACGGUUCGAUGUAUUUCUUGCCGUUCGGCGCGGAGACUUACCGGCACGACGUCCACUCGGCGGUCUACAGAUGUCAAGCGUCGAACAGCGUCGGCAGGGUGUUGGGCCGUGAAAUCACGGUAAAGGCCGGUGAGUAUCUUUAUUUCUUCGCUUCCCUCGACUGAUUGCCAUUACCCCAUUCCCUUCCGGAAACCACACUUUUUCCCGCCUCUCCACUCUCCAUUCGUCUCCUUCACUUUCAUCUACAUGAUUCUUGCGAGGAUUGCUCCGCUAUUUUUAUCACGAUUCGUGUACCAUCGAUCUCGCGCCCCUCUCUCCAUUUUCUCUUCCCCGCGGAAAUUUCUGCCUUUUUUUUUCUUUCUUUUUUUUCGUUUCAACCGUGCAUCAUCAUCUUUCACUUUCGUUCGCACGAUUCCUGGAAAAUUGCUCGCUCGCGACGCGUUAUCGAUUCUUUCCUCGGAUUUCUAUGCUUUCGUAUGCAGAAACGUUUAUCCGUUCAAGAGAUGUUCAAAGUGUUAUAGAUUUAUGCGGUGGAAAUAAACCCUUCGGUUUAUCUUAUAUGCGCGGAAAAAAUGAAUUCACCUAA